AUGGCACUUGCACUCCAAGGGAGAGCUCAAGGUGGAUUGCUAUCUACUACUGAAAACAAUACAAGGGAGAAACUCAAAGCGGUUGAACUUAGAAGUGGGAGAAACCUUGAAAAGUCUAAUGGCAAGGGGCAUAGAGUGGAAGAAAAGGAGCCUAAUAUUGAGGCGAAUGUUGCUAGCUCUAGCCAAGAGUUAUCCAAGGCUAGUGAGGAGGUGGUAAUUGAUAUUGAAGAGCCUUAUGUGAGAACACCACCACCUCCACCAUUUGUGCCUAAGGUUCCAUUCCCAAGCCGGCUAAGAAAGGUGUCGGAUAAUCAAAAGUUUCACAAGUUUCUUGAGAUCUUCAAGAAGCUUCAGAUCAACCUUAGCCUAGCAUAUGCUUUGAGGGAGAUGCCCCAAUAUGCUAAGUUCUUGAAGGAUAUCAUCACCAAUAAGAGGAGUUGGGACAAUGGUGCAACUAUUGCCCUUCCGGAGAGUUGUAGCUCAAUCAUCUUGAGUGACUUACCGGCUACGUUAAAAGAUCUAGAGAGUUUUUCUAUACCUUGCACUAUUGGAAACAUGAAUUCUAUCAAUUUUUUAUGUGAUUUAGGUGGUAACAUAAAUCUUAUGCCUCUAUCUCUUUUCAGGAUGCUUUUUAGGGAUCAAACUGUGAAGACUACCUCGAUGGUACUCCGACUAGCCAACCACUCCUUGAAGAGGCCGUAUGGUAUUGUUGAAGAUGUGCUUGUGAAGGUGGAUAAGUUUAUAUUUCCAGUUGAAUUUGUUAUCUUGGAUUAUGCUGUAGAUUAG